CAGCUCGCUGUGGAUUGAAGAACAAAGAAUUCCGAGUGAGGAAAACAUCAGAUCUGCAGAUUUUCAUCAGCUUUCAGUGUGCCUGUGUGUGAGGAGGAAACGUCAAGCAGACCGGACUCAGAGAGAUGACUGCUUUAGCCAUAAUAACAAGCAAAAACAUGAAAUAAACAAAGCACAAAAAAGGCAAACAUGCAAAACAGAUCAUGAUGGAACUCAGCAUUCCGGUAAUUGAGUGACAUGAGUGUCAUCAACAUCAGUUCCAUCAGUGCAAUGAGACAUGCUGGACCUGGUAAAAAAAGAAGAAAUCCUUCCUGAACAAAAGGAGUUGAAUCUGAGUGUUGACCAGAAGGGCAUUAAAGAGGAACAAGAGGAACUCUGCACAAAUCAGGAGAGACAACUACUUGACCAGCUGGAACAGGCUGCUGUCACUACGAUACCCUUUACAGCUGUUCCUGUGAAGGCAGAAAAUGAAGAAAAGCCAUUGACAUCACAGGGUCAUCAAACCUCAGGUUUUAACUGCCUAAACAACAGUGAUACUUCUGUUGGCAAUAGCAGGUGUAAUGAUGCUAGGAAGCAGUUUAAUUGCUCUGAAUGUGGAAAAGCAUUUGGUUAUGUGAGCAACUCAAAGCAACGCAAGAGAAUUCAAGCAAGUGAGAAUAUCUUUAGAUGUCUUGAGUGUAAUAAAAGGUGCACACACAUAGGUAAUAUGAAGACACACUCAACCAGUGAUACAGGAAAAAAACUAUUUGGCUGCUCCGUAUGUGGUAAAAGAUUUGGGCAAAAGGGCAAUCUGUAUACACACAUGAAAAUUCAUACAGGUGAAAAACCAUUUGUCUGUUUUGAAUGUGGUAAAAUAUUUGGACAGAAAAGUUCACUGAACAGACACAUGCAGAGUCAUACAGGAGAGAAAUCAUUUGUCUGUUGUCAAUGUGGUAAAAGAUUUGGGCAAAAAAGCAGUGUGAAAACACACAUGAGAAUUCAUACAGGAGAAAGACCAUUUGUCUGUUCUGAGUGUGGUAAAAUAUUUGGACAAAAAAGCUGUCUGAAAUCACAUAUGAGGAUUCAUACAGGAGAGAAACCAUUUGUAUGUUUUCAGUGUGGCAAAAGAUUUGGGCAAAAAAGCUGUCUCAAAACACAUAUGAGAAGUCAUACAGGAGAGAAACCAUUCAUCUGUUCUGAGUGUGGUAAAAUACUUGGACAAAAAAGCGCUCUGAACAGACACAUGAGAAUUCACACAGGAGAGAGACCAUUCAUCUGUUCAGAGUGUGGUAAACGUUUUGGGCAAAAAAGCUGUCUGAGCAGACACAUGAGAAUUCAUAAGGGAAAGAAACCAUUUGUCUGUUCAGAGUGUGGUGAAAGUUUUGGACAAAAAAGAUGUAUGUAUACCCAUAUGAAAAUUCAUACAGGAAAGAAAAUAGAUGGCUGUUCUGAUUGUGGUAAAACAUUUGGGCGAAAAAGUGAUCUGAACAGACAUAUGAGAAUUCAUAGAGGAGAGUAACAAACUAAACUACACCACUGUAAAUUGGACCAUUGAAGAGAAGAAAAAGAUCUUUUACUGCUUCGCUUACUCAAGGCAUGAGAAGUGGUGCAGAAGGAAAAAGGCAGUAAUUGAGGAGAGGAUAAAAAGCGGAUUUACCAAC